AUGGAUCUCCCCCGUUCCAACCAUUCAAUCUCUUUAGGAGCUCCACCCCGGCCGCUGGCUUAUCUCUUUCUAUUCCUUCAUUGCACUACAUUAUUGUCCUUCCAAGCUCCUGCACUCUCUACCAUUGCAACAAGAAAUACCAAUGACCUGCAAGCUCUCCUAUCCAUCAAGGCUCAUUUGUAUCCACCUGAAUCCUCGUCUUUAUGGGGCAAUGAAAAUCAAACUACCCACUAUUGCAAAUGGUUAGGUGUGAAGUGUGGUAGCCCUCAACAUCCUAAGAGAGUCACAGCCCUGGACCUCGACUCCCUUAACUUAACAGGCCAAAUAUCACCUGAUAUAGGGAACCUUACCUUUCUCCAAAGGCUCAACCUCUCUGGUAACCAACUGCAGGGAUAUAUCCCACAAGCGCUUGGCUGCCUGUUUAACCUCCAAUUUCUCAUUCUGAUGGACAAUGCUCUUGAAGGCACUAUUCCCACAAGCCUAGCCAAUUGCUCCAACCUUGUGCUUCUAAACCUAGAUGGUAACAAGCUAGUGGGGGAGAUCCCAAUGGAGCUUGGGACACUCCCUAAUCUUUCUCUUCUCCUUCUUGCUAGAAACAACCUCACAGGGGUCAUCCCUCCUUCUUUAGGCAAUCUCUCGUCUUUGGUGGGCAUCGACCUAUCGGACAACAAUCUAGGGGGACAAAUUCCCUCGAGUUUUGGUAGACUAGUCCGCUUAAAAAAUUUUACUGUAACUAGCAAUAAAUUGACGGGAGAGAUCCCACCCUCUUUUCUUAACUUAUCUUCCCUUUGUAAUUUCUAUGUUGGAGAUAACCAGCUCUCAGGGGUGCUCCCAUCCAGUAUGGGUAACACGCUCUCUAGUCUUCAAGUUUUGCAAGCAUUCAAUAACCAGUUAGAAGGUCCCAUUCCCGUUUCACUGGUAAAUGCUUCUAGGCUUGAAAAAAUUGUUUUGUGUUACAACAAACUUAACGGCCUAGUGCCUAGGAAUAUUGGUAUGCUACGAAAUCUAGUUUCAGUGUGCCUUAGCAAUAAUUUACUAGAAGCUAAGCAAGGCGAGGAUUGGGAAUUUUUGACAUCCUUAGGCAACUGCAGCAAUCUGAAAACGUUGGAUCUGUCCAACAACAUGCUGGGAGGUAUGCUGCCAAGCUCAGUAGCCAAGCUAUCAACUCAACUGACAUGGCUAGGCUUGGGACAGAAUCAGAUAAAUGGAAAUAUUCCUGCAGAGAUUGGGGGAUAUAUCAACUUAAACAUGCUUCGCAUGGAUCAUAUGCUUCUUACAGGUAUCAUUCAUUCUAUAAUGGAAAAGAUUGAUCACUUCGAUGUGAUGGAAGUACCGAUAUAUUAG